AUGCAGGAGGAGCUUACAAAAGGGAGCUUUGAAGGUAGUGCAGAAGGAAAUAUCGGUAGAAGCAAGGGACAGCCAUUACAUCGCCAUAAGAGGUCAUUUGCAAUAUCUGGGGAUUUCGAGUUCUUAAAAUCUUACGAAGAAAAAAAAGAUCUAGGAGAUAAUGCGCGCCGCACCAAUUUUAGCCCGAGGCCAUUGAGUUAUGGUGGGUAUACCAGUGAAAAAAUUCUUGAUAAUAGACGUUUGAAUAGUCGAUAUUUCGAGAAAGAGGAUAGAAAAUUUGGAUCUGGAUAUUUGAAUGUGCCAGAUGCCACCAUAGACCUUGAUGAAGCCCUUCGGACGACGUCGCCUAUGACUAUGGCGCGUAGAUCUCCUACUAUGAAUGUCGUUGAUCCUGUAAUUUUUCAUCGAAGGAACGUCGUGCGGUCUGUUAGUAUUGAGGAAGAGACCCGUGUUCAGCGAAGGCCUUCGGACAUGGAAAAGCUCCGAAAGCCUUGGCCAAUUCGUGAUCUGGAUGGCAGACGCAGGACGUCGCCUCUGCUGCACAUGCAGACAGGUAUAAAUACAAACACACAAGUCGAAGGCGACCUUCAGGUUGGUGAUCGACCAAGUCCGAGUAACAGAUAA